AUGAGAAGUGCCCACCAAUUAAUAACUCAAUUUGAACUUAAUGGUUUCACUCUGCCUUAAAUGGAAAAGAACAUGUGUAUAGCCUUUCUAAAGGAUCUCCUCUAAUAAAAUCCUAUUGAUAUGGAUUUCAUACUAGCAAAUACAUCACCAUCGAAAUCAUAGAGAGGAUUACUAACAUCUAAAUCAAAUAUCCUCCAUCUCUUAAAUGAAGAUAAGGAUCCUUCUAUAAUCAAACCUAUAUUCGAUUAUAGUCAACUUGAAAAUGUAAUACCCAAGAAAAAUAGAAACAAAAUCAAUGAAAUAAAAACAAAAGUUGAGACACUGCUUAAUAGCAAUAACAUUGAUCCUCCCUUAACUAUAAAAAAGAGGUAUUUUAUUCACUAUUUAUAAUAGAUGGUGGACUGAAGAAGAAGAUCAAUAACUUAAAGAAUUAGUAACAUAACAUGGAGCAAAGAAUUGGAAAAAAAUAGCAUCUUAUUUUGAAGAAAGAACAGAUGUGCAAUGUUUACAUAGAUGGCAAAAAGUGUUAAAUCCUGAUUUAGUUAAAGGACCUUGGACUUAAGAAGAAGAUGAAUUAUUAAUAAAAUUAGUAACAAAUUGUGGUCCUAAAAAUUGGAGUUAAAUUGCAAAGCAUUUGCCAGGUAGAAUUGGAAAAUAAUGUAGAGAGAGGUAUUCAUUUAUUUAUGAUUUAGAUUUCACAAUCACUUAGAUCCUAAAAUUAAUAAAGAAAGAUGGACAGAUGAAGAAGACUAAACAAUAAUUGAAGCACAUAAAAAAUUAGGCAAUAGAUGGUCAUUAAUUGCUGGACUCUUAAAAGGUAGGACUGACAAUUCCAUUAAAAAUCAUUGGAACAGCACUUUAAAAAGAAGAUUGAAAAUGUAAAAUAGAUGGGAAGAUCUUUAAGUGCUUCCAAGACAAGAUGAGACCUUAGUUAAAGGAGUGCCUAGAAGAUAAGUAUAAAGGAGAAUCAUGUAUUAUAAAACACCUGAGAAAUUAAUAAAGAGAGAUCCAGUGUCCAGAUAAUUAAAUUUCUAAACUCCAUACUCCAAUACUACUCCAAGUAAAAAAUAAGUUAAAUUUUAGAAUCUGAAUAAACACCCAAAAAUUUGAGCAUCGUUUAUCCAAAUUUAUUAGUCAAAGAUGCUUAAAUGAUGUAAGAUACUAUAUUAUAAAUUAAUAGAGAUUCUUGUUAAGUAUUAUUCAAAUAAUUGAGUGAAUUAACUAAUAUGGAUCUUGAUUUCAAUAAAUAAUAUAGUUACAAAUGA